AUGAAGUUCCUUGAACACUCUCAUUUUGAAGCGUUAAACUCAGCGUUGAACUUUGAUGCCGGUAUAUAUCGGAUUAUUGGAAGAUUAGAAAGUUACUCCUGUAAGUUGGUGGCCAGCGAGAAGAAGCUAUUCAAGUCUAUGAACGCCGCUGAUGGCCUCAGUCCGAAUGAUCUGGAGGCUUUAUCGCCGCCCAAUUCAAGCUCAUUUCCCAGCAACUCCUUCAGCAGCUCAUUCAACAGCAGAAUUGCAAGCAUGGCGGACGAGUUCCAAUGCAGCCAGACGAGUCGCAAGAUUCUCUUUUAUCUCAUCGCCACGUUAAAUGCAUCAUUUAAUCCCGAUUACGAUUUUAGCCACUGUCGUGGUGACGAGUUCAGCAAGGAGCCCAGCAUAAAGCAUGUGAUGGAUGCCGUGGACUCGAGCUUCUUCAACUCUUCGGCCCGUGAAGAGUACAACGCCGUGAAGGCUCAACUUUGGUCUGCAAUUGAUAGUCACAUCAAUCUUUCAGACUGUGAAAUUUACAGCUUUAAUCCCAACGCUAACUUUGAUCCCUGGGAUGAGUGCUGCAUUUGGUCAUUCUACUACUUUUUCUACUCGAAGAAGCUCAAGCGCAUCGUCUUCUUUGCCUAUCGGGCCGUAAGGAAGGACGACGCCGACGUGGAGGAGCAAGAGGACACCGGAUACACCUCAUUCGAUAUGGACUUGAUGUAA